UCCUACAUCCGUUUCGCCUUUAUUUUCCAAAACUAGGUAGUGCAAUAAAUAGAUUGUUACUUUCCUUAGCCGACUUUGUUACAGGUUCUGCUUAAGGUUAUAUACCUGGGUUCAUUUCUAGAACCUGUGUACCAUUAACAAUUUCAUGGUUUCAUUAGAAAUCAUUGGUAAUGCCUGUGUUGACUGGGAGAAUCGAAUGCAAUUUCGGAUAGAGAACUUUUUCCCGGAAACGGAUGUAAACAGGAACACAACAGAAUCAAAACUGAGCAGCUGAUUAAGUGAAGACUGGAUGCUUUUCCUCAAAAUGAAAUAAGGCGCUGAUGUAGUUAGCAAAGUGAGAUUUCCAAAACAAUUCGAGAAGUUCUUGAAUCAAGGAAUAUUGCUAAGGUGUGUCUGGAGUAAGAUGCCUCCGAAGUUAGUGCCGCGUAAUGGAGACAGAAAGGCUGCUUCACUUAAAUGGGAUAGCACAAGAAAGGCAUCAGUGGUCGCUUCGACCGGACGUAGACCACUCCCAGAACCAAUGACAAUCGGAAACACUAUCCUUAUGGUGAUUUUACACGUAUGUCGCAGAGCAGUGCUUAUUGAUGCCAAAUAUAAGGUGGGCAUCUACCUUGGAUUUUUAUUUAUAGGUUCGACGAUCAACGAUAUUGGCUUUCCUAUCCCAAGAACAUAUUUUUCUAACAAGCAUAAUGCACUGAACGUCUAUUUCGGCAAACUAGCUUGGGGCUGGACGAUGAUCCUAACUUCACUCUAUAUUUACUUUACAACGAAUGUAUACUGUGCCGGCGAUCAGCGUAGAAUCAUGCGUCACCUUUUGCGAAUGGUGGUCGGUACAGCUGUAUGGUUUUUGUUCACCAAUUUCUUCGUAUACGUGGAAUCAAAGACGGGGUCCUGCUCCGGUGGUAAGAUAACCUCACGUACAACUUGUUUGAACAAAGGUCACAAAUGGAUUGGUUUUGACAUCUCCGGACACUGUUUUUUGUUAAUCUUUUGCCACCUUUUAAUCAGCGAAGAGUUGCGCACUCUGUUUAACUGGGAACGAAUUGCCGAUAUUAUUCGUAAUGAACAGUUCGACGACGACAGCCCUAUGAAAAGUCUUACCGAGGAGCAAAAGCAGGCUCUCAGAGAAAACUACCCAAAGUAUACUCCGUAUAUCCGUGUAUUAUUCAUCGCGUUGACUGUGUUAGCGGUACUUUGGGAUGUGAUGCUAGUUAGCACCGUCUUAUACUUUCAUACUAUGGUGCAGAAAAUGGCCGGAGGAGUACUGGCCGUAUUGUGUUGGUACUUUAUUUAUCGAUUUUGGUAUCCAAGUUUAAUUCUACCUCCGAUGCCUGGCGUGGGGCUCAUUAGAUACUCAGAAGGCUACCGUCGAGCUUAAGAAGCACCUAAGCAGCGGUGCAGCUAUGAUGUGCUGAGUGAUAUUAAAUUCGAGUGUUAGUUAAUAACUACACAAUGCGCCGAGUGUAAGAAAGCGAGAACGAUCGAGAAAGAAAAAUUAAGGAUGAUAACUAAGCCCUUCUAAUAUCGUUGUUAUACAUUACGUUAAAUAUGUAAAUGAUAAACUGAAUACAAAACGUAGGUAUUUUUAAUGCGCACUUGUACGGUCUAUUUAUUCACCUAAAUAUUCAUAUAAACAUAUAUUGAAUUUAAAAAAGAGAACAAAAAUAAAGGCAAU